AUGGCUUCUCUCAGAGUGUUCGAGAGAUGCUCUGCUAUUUUCAGCGACGUGAUAAUUGGUGUUAUUGACUCCGAAAUUUGGCUGGAGAUUGAGAGCUUUAGUGAGGAAGACCUUGGUCCUCCCCAUUACAAAUGGAAAGUUCUUAUAAUUAGGGGAAACAAUUUACAUCAAAAUUGUUGGAGCUCGGUUCUGAGCUUGUAUGAUCAUCAUGAUCAUACAAGCUUUUGUAGUAGCUGGAAUAUUGUGAAGAGCGUGAGCUUUUACGAGCUGGCAAAAGGAAAUUUAAGAGGAGGUGUUCCACCCGCAAGGAUUAUUGUAUAUAAAGUAUGCCAUCCGAAUGUAGGGUGCAAUUAUGGUUCAGGGCACAUGGAUCCAGUAAGAGCGGUCGAUCCAGGACCCAUCAAAAGAAGAUUACAUCAAAAUGCUUUGCAGCACGGUCCGAAGAAACUCAGACUAAUAUCAGGAGACGGCGGCCAUUGCACCGGAAAGCAAACCUUUUGA